AUGUUGAAGGAUAAUAUCAUACCACAACUUGAAGAACAUUUAAGCUUUCAAACAAUGAUCUGGCAGCAAGACGGCGCACCGCCCCAUUAUGGUCAAAUUGUGCGAGAUUAUUUAGAUGAUACAUUCUUACAUUGGAUAGGUCGUCGAGGAACUAUUGAGUGGCCACCACGAUCUCCAGAUUUAACUCCAUGUGAUUUUUCACUAUGGGGAAUUUUAAAAGACCGUGUCUAUGCUCAAAAUCCUUGUAAUACUAAUCAUCUGAAGUCACUAAUCGAACAAGAAUUUAUAUCAACCAAUGAUGAUAUCGAAUUAUGUCAAAAAAUUUGUCGUUCUGUAGCUGAUCGUUGUCAAAUUGACUUUUGCACCCCCUGUAUAUUAAUACGAGUAAAUGAACAUCGACGUCAUUGUGCACUUAAUAAUCGUUCAUUUAUUAUUUAUGGUUCAAUUAUUUGUUUUUGUAUACCAUGUAUACUUAUGCUUGUUACAUAUUCAUUAACGAUUCGACGUUUACAAUUAGAAGCAGCUAAAUGUUAUACAGAUCCCGAUGAUCUUUUAAUGAUAAAACAACAAACAUCAGAUCGUUUAAGACGACACAAAUUAGGUUCAAAACGAGAUCCAUUAUCACCGAUUCCUAAGCGUAGUUCAUCGAAAGAUGUGUUAAGUGUAUCACCAACAGCACCUUCUUCACCAAAAUUGUCUCGUUCACUGACAUUACCUGAUACAGAUGAUAGACUAAAUUCACUUCAACAAGCGUAA